CUCCUUUUAUCUCUAUCUUUUCCCUUCAUUCUUCUUCUUUCCAAAACCCGAUCACAGAAAAUCCAACCCCUUUGUUCUUCGUCCCCAAAUCAACCAAGCAGAAAACUCGACCCCCACCCAGAUCAAAUCCGUUCUCAGGAUUUCAAUUGAAAUCUCAACCCAACACAUAUUCAUUUGUUAGGAUUUCAAUUGAAAUCUCGGUUUCAAUCUUACCUAACAAAUUGAGUUUCACAAUCAAAUUAUUUAAACAAUCUCGGUUUCAAUUUUGAUUUUAAUUGAGAUUAUUCUUCAGUUUCAAUUUCACAGUCUAGGUUUUGUUUCCUAAACAAUUACACUAUCUUACAACUUAGUUUAUCACCUGGAACUGUUUGUGGGAAAUAUUGCAGUGAUAUGGAGAUUUCUUCUACCUUGAGCACAUCCUAAUUGGCUCUUCUACCUAUUGUAGUGUUGCAGUUGAAAAAUUUAAGAUUUGGAUAACUCCAGGUUAAAUGGGAGGAAAAGGAGAAAAUGAUGAUAAUGGUGUGAAUUCAAAGAAAACAGUUUUUGUAACGGUUGGGACAACUUGUUUUGAUGCUCUUGUUAAAGCUGUUGAUACUGUAGAAGUGAAGGAAGAGCUGUCAAGGAAAGGUUAUACUCAUCUUACUAUUCAAAUGGGUAGAGGAACAUAUAUUCCCACUAAGUCUGAUGGAGAAGAGGGUGGCCUCGUCGUGGAUUUCUUCACUUUUUCGUCAAGCAUUGCAGACUACCUGAAGUCAGCAUCUCUUGUAAUCAGUCAUGCAGGUUCAGGAAGUAUUUUUGAAACAUUGAAGUUGGGUAAACCUCUAAUUGUAGUGGUAAAUGAGGAUUUGAUGGACAAUCACCAAUGCGAAUUAGCUGAAGAAUUGGCAGAGAGAAAGCAUCUAUUUUAUGGUCGCCCUCAAACGCUUAAUCAGACUAUCAAAAGCAUGGAUUUGGAAACCCUGAUACCUUACAUGCCUGGGGAUGCCAUGCCAGUCGCCAAAAUUAUAAAUAGGUUCUUAGGCUUCCCAGAUGAUUAAUUCGGGGCUUUGUGUUAACAGUUUUUUGUGUAUGAACCAAAAACCACACAUACGGUUAAUGUAGACAUGUUCAGGGUCUUUAUUCGCACAUUCAUGUAACUUCAGGCUUUGUAUUGUACGCUUAAGAUUCUAAGUUCUUUGUCUGAUUUGUCUCGCUGAGGUAGUUACCUGAAUGCUACAGUUAAAAGCCAAAUAUAACUUGGAUAUUUUUUUGGA